AUGUUAAGGCAGCCCCUCGAUGUACCAAAGAGCGAGAAGCUUGCCUUCGUGGAGGAGAUCAUACAUCUUCUUAACAUGGACGAUUUUGCUGAUGCCGUCGUCGGACUGCCAGGCAGAGGGCUCAACGUCGAGCAGCGCAAACGACUCAGCAUUGGCGUCGAGCUUGUUGGCAAGUCGUCCCUGCUCCUGUUUCUUGACGAACCUACUUCCGGACUCGAUAGUCAGUCAUCUGAGGCCAUCCUGUCUCUACUCCGGAAGUUGGCGGCCGGGGGGUUGGGCAUCCUAUGUACCAUCCACCAGCCGAGCGCGAUGCUGUUCCAGCGGUUCGAUCGACUGCUGCUGAUGGCACGGGGCGGAAAGGUUGCUAACUUUGGGGACACUGGAGAGAAUUCCGAGACUGUGCUUGGAUACUUCGGCGACCAUGGGCCGAGGAGAUGCGCGUAUGCCGAGAACCCUGCGGCGUAUCUGCUGGAUGUUAUAUGCAAUUCGGACGCCACAAAGCUCGACUGGCCUUGCCUCUGGGAUAAAUCCCCAGAGGCCAAGAAAGUGUCAACUGAGCUGGGACGCAUGACAGAGUCUUCCUCCACGCGAACACAAGAAAAUGGAAGCGAUGUUGUCCAAGCCAGACAGCACGGAGCCUACGCGGUGCCUCUAAUAUCACAGAUACCGAGCGUCUGUGUUCGUGUCUUCCAGCAAUAUUGGCGCUCACCAACGUACAUCGCGAGCAAAUUCAUGUUGGGAGAUGCAGGCUCAUUAUUUAUUGGCUUCUCCUUCUUCCAGCCCGGCCAAUCCGUCCUGGGCAUCCAGAACGCCAUCUUCUCUAUCCUUAUGGUUUGCGCAAUGUUUAGCAACCUGGUUCAACAAAUAAUGCCAAAAUUUGUCGUUCAGCGAACACUUUAUGAAGUCUGUGAGCGGCACUCGAACAUGUACUCUUGGGCAGUUUUGAUCCUCGCCAACAUCCUCGCUGAGAUACCAUACCACGUUGGCCUAGGCGUCAUAACCUUUGCAAUCUUCAACUACACAGUUUUCGGCAUUCGGUCUUCUGAAGACCAAGGACUGGUUUUACUGUUCUUUGUCUACUUCUACAUCCUUACCGACACUUUCGCACACAUGGUAGUUGCGCCCUUGCCCGACGCCACGACAGCCGGCCGGGCGACGACGAUCCUGUUCUCGAUGAUGAUCUUAUUUGCUGGCGUAUUCCAGACCCCGACAGCACUGCCAGGUUUCUGGAUUUUCAUGUACCGCGUCUCGCCAAUGACGUAUCUUAUUGGCGGUGUCGCUGUCUCAGGGCUUUCAGGGGACCCAAUCGUUUGUUCGCAGGCCGAGCUUGCCGUCUUCCAGCCCCCGACCGGCGAGAGUUGUGGGACGUACAUGCAGCCAUAUCUUGAGCAAGGUGCUUCGGGAAUGCUUGCUGCUUAUCCCAGAUGCCACCGCCAACUGCUCUUAUUGUCCUCUACAAUACGCCGAUCAGGUUUUGGCUCGCUCGGGUAUGUACUACGACGAAAGAUGGGGGGACUGGGGGCUCGGUUUUGCUUACAUAGCCUUUAA